AUGCCGCCUCUGGACCUAACCAAAGUCGGGAGGAAGAGCUUCGUGUCACAACAUGGGUUGGCAGAGGUUUUACGUGCAGUGAAGGAAGCAGAUUCCUUGCCAGCUGGCAUCAGUCAAAGCUCCGUGAAGCGGGCCCGGGACAAGAGAAUGGCAGCUGAGACACCAUUCGGUCCAAUGAUCAAACAGUGGAAACUCGGAAAGAGAACUGGAGGAGAGAUUGCAAUCGACUAUUUGGAUCCGGCCGCCUGCCCCUGGCAUCGGCUGAACUGUUGCGAGCUGUUUCGAAGCUUCAUGCUGGAGAUGUUGCACAGGAAGCAAGCCACCAUCAAUUCCCGAUGGGGGAUAGUGCUGUAUUCCGACGAAGUGUCGCCGGGCAAUCAACUUAAGGUUACGAAUGCUCGGAAGCUCCAAACUUUUUAUUGGAGCUUCCGAGAAUUCGGCACCAGCUUGACCCGCGAGGAUGCUUGGCUGCUGUUGACUACAGUGCGAUCCAAGACGGUUGCAGAUCUGCCUGACGGGUUGAGUCAGCUCGCAAAGCACUGCAUGCUGAGCUUUAGCGAAGAUGACCGAGAUUUCCGUUUCGGGCUCGCCCUCCCAGGCAUGGUUUUGUGCGCUGAGCUUGCCAUCGUUGUCGCCGACGAGAGUGCACUGAAGCAUAUGUUUGAGUUCAAAGGUGCUUCCGGAAAGGUCCCGUGCAUGUUCUGCCGAAACAUUGUGUUGAGGCGAUAUGCUCCGACACCGCUGACCCCGGCAUUGGAGUUGCACACGUGUACCGACAGCAGAAAGUUUAAGCUCCACAGUCUCAACUCGCUCACGGCCACGGUGAACUUGCUGGCAUCGAAAGUGGAUGAGACUUCGCGGAAAGACUUUGAGGAGAUGCAGACCCACCUCGGCUUCAACCAUUCUCCUCAGGGGGUUUUACUUUGCGAACCCCUCAUGGCCAUGUUCGACCCCACCAAAGGUGUGAUGUUCGACUGGGCACACGUGUUCUGUGUGGCCGGACUUUUCCACCUAGAAGUCAAUUUGCUUCUGGGCAGGCUCAACCAGGAGAGGGUGAAGCAGGAGGUCAUUCACCAGGCUCUUCAGGAGUAUUCUUUGCCAUCUUACCACGAAGGCAAAGCGAGUACCAUCAAGAGCAUAUUCCAGCCGAAAAAGGGCGACUCCGAUUGGAAGAGCUCGGCCAGCGAAGCUCUCGGGGUGUAUCCAAUCCUCCGGGACAUCAUCCAUCGCAUCAGGGAGACAACAGAGCUGUCGGCAGAUUGUUUGGGUGCCAUUAGCUCGUUCCUUUUACUUUGCCAGUGCUUAGACCUCCUCCAGUUGACCUUGCAUGGGGGUGUGGAGCCAGCAGCUCUCCGAACGGCUGUACAGGCACACUUGGCCAAGUAUCAGGAGGUGUAUCCUGACGAAACUUUUUUGCCGAAAGGGCACAUGGCGAUGCACCUUCCAGGACAACUCUCGCAACACGGGAUGCUCAUCUCUUGCCUGACACACGAGAGACGCCACAAAGAGUUGAAGCGCUACGCAAACAACCAGAACU